GCCGCGGCGGAAGCGCGGAAGGCCGUGACGAGCCCUGACGCGUCAAUGGUUGCCUGGGCCGGGCGCCGAAGUUCGGAGUGGUUGUGGCGUGGCUUUGCUUUUUGACGCGUCGCGCCUGCUCCCUGGGCAGGGGAUUGCUGCUGUGUGCUGGGCGGCCGUGGGGCCCGGAACCAUGAGCCCCGGGGGUGCGGGUUGCCCCGCUGGGCUGCUGCUGACCGUGGGCUGGCUGCUCGUGGGCGGCCUUCGGUCCUCGAGUGCCACGAACGUCACCGCCCUUCAGGACCCUGGUGACAACCGCGAGGUCGAGGGCGUUGGCGGGGACCAGGGCCAGGGCCAGGGCCAGGACGACAGCGACGAGGACAGCUACAGUGACGUGGAGGAGGCAGAAGGGCCGACUGGCCCUACUGUGGCCAGGGAUGAUGUUUUAAACAAGACAAUAGUCAAAGAAGUAGAAUUUGGAAUGUGCACAGCCACAUGUGGUAUUGGUUUUAGAGAAGUUAUAUUAACUAAUGGAUGUCCUGGAGGUGAAUCCAAGUGUAUUGUUCGUGUAGAAGAAUGCCGUGGACCAGUAGAUUGUGGCUGGGGUCAACCAAUCUCAGAAGGCCUUGAAAGUGUCAGAUUGGCUUGCAUUCGUAUAUCUCCUGAAAAUCGGUUCAAAUAUAUAUGGAAACUUCUAAGGUCAAACCAACAACCUAUUAUACUUGGAAAUGAUUCAGCAAUCCUGGAAGUAAAAAGAGACAGUCACCCCCGGGCUUUUGAGUGUGAUACACUGGACAGCAAUGAAGUGAUAGCAUCUGUUAGAUUCACAGUCUAUACAAUGAGUGAAAUACAGAUGAGAUCAAGCCGAUCAGACACUGAUAUAGCCCUAGUAUUUGUGCUGACCACAGGAGUCAUUAUCUGUAUAUUCAUAAUCUUCAUAUUGAUCUUCAUAAUUAUAAAUUGGGUGGCAGUGAAAGCUUUCUGGGGGGAGAGGACCUCUGCAGCUGAGAUACACUCUGAGAUAAGUUCUAUGAAAUACAAAGAUUCAGUUUCUCUUGACCAGCAACCAGCAGAAGUACCCAUUAAGGAAGAUAAUGUAUUAAGUGAAUGGCCUGAAGAACCUAUGGGUGAUGUAAACUGAACCAAAGGAUAUUAGAGCUAUCAGAUUCAUUAUUAUAAAAAUAAAAUAUUUACUGAAAUUCUUUAA